AUGGACGAGAAGAAAAGAAGAAGACGACAGUCGAAACUCGAGGAGUUCAACACCCUUUCAACAACCUCUUCGGCUCAGGCCCGUGGUAUGGCCGGCGGAUCCCCUGGUGGGAGCGCCCCGCCGGAUCCCCAGAGCGCCGAGUCCCCCAUGCUCUCGCCAACCUCGAGGGCGGCCUCAACGGUGUCCAUCAACAACAUGGGUGGACCCAGCAGCCGUUCGCGCGCAACUACCCUUGACGUUCCUGGCUUAACCCGAUCGAAAGUCUCGCCGAAUGGUGAAAUCUCCUCCUUGGACAUCGGAUCAAAGCUUGUUAUUGUAAUGGUGGGUCUGCCGGCUCGCGGCAAGUCCUACGUUACCAAGAAACUAUGCCGGUUCCUGAACUGGCAACAGCACAACUGCAGGAUUUUCAACGUCGGCAACACUCGCCGCAAGGCCGAUCAGCAUGCCGGCCCCUCAGAUCGGCCUCUUCCGGACCUGCCUGCAUGCCAGCAGAACUUGGCCUCUACGCCCUCGCACGAGAACGAUACUACACACAAUGCCGACUUUUUCUCUCCAGACAAUCCCAAGAGUUUCCAAAUGCGCGAACAAUGGGCCUACGAAACUUUGAACGAGCUGCUAGAUUACGUCCUCGAAGGUGAGGGUUCGGUGGGGAUUCUGGAUGCCACAAACACGACCGUCGCACGUAGACAAGCGGUUAUGAACAGAAUACGUGAACGCUCAGACAACCAACUCAAAGUUUUGUUCCUGGAGAGCAUCUGCAACCGAUCAGAGAUCAUUGAGAACAACGUCAACCUGAAGCUUUCUGGCCCCGACUACCGCAACAUGGAUAAGCAAAAGGCUCUCAAAGACUUUUUGAAUCGUCUUCACAACUACGAAAAAGUAUAUGAAACGAUUGGCCCCGAGGAAGAAAGCGAUCCGGAUUUCCAGUAUGUCAAGAUGAUCAACGUCGGUCAGAAGCUCGAGUGCGGCAACAUCAAGGGCUUUUUGGCCGGCCAGACGGUGUUCUUUUUGCUCAAUUUCAAUCUGGAUAUGCGUCAGAUCUGGAUCACCCGCCACGGUGAAUCCACCGACAACGAAAAGGGUCGUAUCGGUGGUGACGCUUCGCUCACCGAACGAGGUGACCGGUAUAGCAAGGCCCUGGCCAAGUUCAUGGAGUACAAGAAGAAGGAGUUCCGGAGACAGCAACUUGCGGAAUAUGCCAAACUUGUGCGUCUGAUCGAACAAAGCGGAAGCGAGCCGCCAACCCCCAUGAGCGAGCCCGAGCCAGUCAAUUUCUGUGUGUGGACAUCCAUGCUCAAGCGAGCAGUAGAAACAGCGAGCUACUUUGAUGAGAACGAUUUCGAUUUGAAGGAAAUGCGCAUGCUCAAUGAGAUCGAUGCUGGCAUUUGCGACGGUAUGACUUAUUCAGAAAUCCGCGAUAACCUCCCCCACGAAUACAAAGCUCGUAUGGCCAACAAGAUUGGAUACCGGUACCCGGGUGUCGGCGGUGAGUCUUAUCUGGAUGUUAUCAAUCGACUGCGGGCAGUCAUUGUGGAAAUUGAGCGUAUGUCGGACAACUGUUUGGUCAUUUGCCAUCGAGUGGUCGCUCGCAUUCUUUUAGCAUAUUUCAUGAACUUGGGCCGUGAUGCCAUCGGCGACCUCGAAGUACCUUUGCAUACACUUUACGUGCUCGAGCCGAAACCAUACGGUGUGGAGUGGGAGCUUUAUAAAUACAACGAGCGCUCCAACUGGUUCUACCAUGUCCCCAAAGAGGCCGGGACUAUUAAGAACCAACUCACAGAUAAAAAACGUCGAUACACCGUGGUUGCUACUGCAGACAUGGUUCUUGGAGAUACUCUCGAGCGCAACAAGUGCGUCAUCUAUAAUGACUCCGUGAUAGAAGAGGACGACGAGGAACAGCCGAGCGAGCACAACCAAGAAGAACCCAAGAACGAGAGAUCCAGCAGUGGCUCCGAUCAAGACGGCGAUGAUCUAGAAAAGAUCAGAGCCCGUUUGCAAGAGACCUUGUAA